UGUAGCUUUUAUUCGGACUAUUUUUGUGCCUGAGAUAAAAAUCACGAACUCCAAUGGGAUUUUAAGAAGAGAAGGGUAUCACAGAACUAGCAGUUUCUAUCAUUCCGUCUACAAGGGCUCUCUUCAACUCCCGCCAGAAUCUGUAACAAAGCAAUGUCAGCCCUGCCCAGCAGCAACUUUCUGAGAGCAUACACAGAAUGUGGACGGUGAAAAGUUUCGAAGUUUAUUUCUGACAGCAUUUAUGGAAUACCACCAGGCAGAGGGUCACCAGAGUCACAGGUGCUAGAAUGAAACCUGUGGUCCAAAAAAAGGCUUUCCAGGACUGGAGCGCACUGAACCGCUCCGCCCCGCAGCGGCGCUCCGGAAGUACUUCCCUGAGCUUUUACGCAGGAAAAUGGCGGCUGUUCAAGUUGCCGGCUCGCUGCCUUGUGGGCAGCCACGGGAGACGCCGCGAGAGCCACCGCCUGAGCAGGACGAUGGGUUCUGCCGCUUGUCCGCCAGGCUCCGCGCGCUGCGGCCGGAUGACAGCAGUUCCUCCCGCGCCGAGAUUCACCUGCUCUUCGACCAGCUCAUCUCCGAGAACUACGGCGAGGGCAGCGGCGUGGCUCCCCAGGAUGUCAGUGCUCUUCUUGUCCAAGCUUGCCAACUGGUGCCUCUUAAUCAGAAUCAUCUUGUCAGCAAAGUAUCUCAGCUGAUCCACCAUUUACUUAACAGACUACAGGUGGUUGUUGAUGAACAGAACUUGGAUUUCCUGUUGACUUACACAACUUCGGCAAUUCAGCAGUGUAGCUCUUGGACACACGUGGACAUUCUUCAAGCCCUGGCAGCUCUGGUUUACUGCAAUGGCUCAAAAUGUCAAAAGUAUCUUCCAGACUUGCUGGGCAAGAGCGGCCUCUUAAUGAAGUUCAGUGACUUAUCUCGCUCUGAUCCUGAAGUCAGGAGGGCUGCAGUGCAGUGUAUGGUAAACUUGUGUCUCAGUGUGCCUGGACAGCCGUAUUUGGAGGAAUCCUACCAAAAUGUGUGCUUCCAAGCUUUCUUGACCAUUUUGCAGUCUCCAAAAUCAUCUAAUAUGGAUGAUGUAACAUUUUGCAUGUUGUUACAGAAUGCAUUGAAAGGCAUACAGUCACUUCUAAAUGGUGGGAAGAUGAAACUGACACAGACUGAGCAACUUGGAGCCCUUCUAGCUGUGUUAAAGAAAACUAUGUUUCAUGGACUUCCUGGACUAAACAUAGAGAUGCCUGCAGUGCUAUACCCAACUCCACUUCCUCAGUAUGAUGGACGAUCACCUGUCAAGCCACACCAGCCAGAACCCAGUGCUGCUCGGCCAUCUGUGACUAAAAAGAAAAAACACAAAGUAAAACCAAAGAAAGCCCAGGAAGGAGAGAAAGAGGGGGAGGAGGAUGAAUCCAGUGGCGAAAUGGAAACGACCCCAGGCAUCCGUUCUGGCAGAGUAAGCAUGUGCCAGGAGAACACUUGGUGUUCCUCCUCCCGGGCCAUGCAGAGUGUGCCUGUAGAUGGCAGUAGAGCUGCGGCAAGAGAGCAAGUCUCACCCUUCAGUCCUUCAAGUUGGAAAAGGCUCUCCAACAGUGAGUCAGACUAUUCUGAUGCGGAAGGAGGCGUGCAGGGUAAAAUGAGAUUGUACCAAGCCAAGGUUCGCCAAGGAGCAUUAGCUUGUUUUCUUUCUACUAUCAAAUCAAUAGAAAAAAAAGUUCUGUAUGGCUACUGGUCAGCCUUUGUUCCUGAUACACCUGAACUCGGAAGCCCACAGUCUGUGUCUUUAAUGACCCUCACACUGAAAGAUCCUUCUCCCAAGACACGUGCCUGUGCUCUACAAGUUUUGUCUGCCAUCUUGGAAGGCUCAAAGCAGUUUCUUUCUGUCGCCGAAGAUACCAAUGACCACAGAAGGGCUUUCACUCCCUUCUCUGUGACGAUUGCAUCCAGCAUUAGAGAGUUACACAGAUGUCUUCUCUUAGCUUUGGUGGCAGAAUCAUCUUCCCAAACCCUUACGCAGAUAAUCAAGUGCCUUGCAAAUCUAGUAUCAAAUUCACCUUACAACCGUCUGAAACUCAGCUUGCUAACCAAAGUCUGGAAUCAUAUAAAGCCUUAUAUCCGCCACAAAGAUGUUAAUGUUCGGGUGUCAAGUCUCACACUCUUAGGAGCUAUAGUGUCCACUCAUGCACCUUUACCUGAAGUGCAGCUGCUUCUACAACAGCCCUGCUCUUCUGGGCUUGGCAGUAGCCACUCAGCAACUCCUUACCUCAGCACUCCUGAUUGGUGGAAGAAAGUCCCUGCAGGACUCUCGCUGGAGGAAGCAUCAAGUAGUUCACCAAAGGGGUCUUCAGAGCCCUGCUGGCUCAUCCGACUUUGCAUUUCCACUGUUGUGCUGCCCAAGGAAGAUUCCUGCUCAGGAAGUGAUGCUGGCUCUGCAACAGGAAGUACCUAUGAACCACCCCCUAUGCGACUGGAGGCCCUCCAGGUUUUGGCUCACCUGGCGAGGGGCUACUUUUCGAUGGCUCAGCUCUACUUGAUGGAGCUUGGCGAGGUGAUUUGCAAGUGCGUGGGGGAAACAAAUUCAUCUAUUCAGCUCCAUGGAGUGAAGCUUCUGGAAGAACUAGGUAUGGGCUUGAUACAGCAGCAUAAACCAGAUUCCAGCACAGCCCCUGAGCAGAGAGUGCCAGUCCUCCUGGUGGUGAUGUUCUGGACUGCGAUGCUGAACGGCCCCUUGCCCCGAGCCCUGCAGAGUUCAGAGCACCCAACUCUCCAGGCAAGCGCCUGUGAUGCCCUGUCUUCCAUCUUGCCAGAAGCCUUCAGUAGUCUGCCGAGUGACAAGCAGAUUUUGUGCAUCACAAUGCUACUCGGUCUGAAUGACAGCAAGAACCAUUUAGUGAAAGCAGCGACCUCAAGGGCCCUUGGAGUCUAUGUGCUCUUCCCUUGUCUCCGACAGGACGUCAUAUUUGUUGCAGAUACAGCAAAUGCCAUAUUGAUGUCACUUCAAGAUAAAUCUCUAAACGUGCGGGCCAAAGCAGCCUGGUCCCUCGGCAACCUGACAGACACUCUAAUUGUCAACAUAGACACACCAGACCCAAGUUUCCAGGAAGAGUUCUCUGGUCUCCUGCUCUUGAAAAUGUUGCAGUCAGCAAUACAGGCCUCCAAGGACAAAGACAAGGUCAAAAGCAAUGCUGUCCGGGCCCUUGGAAAUUUGCUUCAUUUUCUACAACCCUCUCACAUAGAAAGACCCAGAUUUGCUGAAAUCGUUGAGGAGUCUAUCCAGACUCUAAUUUCUACUGUUGUAAAUGAGGCCACCAUGAAAGUCCGAUGGAAUGCUUGUUACGCGAUGGGAAAUGUUUUUAAAAAUACCUCCCUUCCCCUUGGGACAGCCCCAUGGGCCUCGCAGGCCUACAAGGCCCUGACAUCAGUGGUGACGUCGUGCAAGAACUUCAAAGUGCGCAUCAGAUCUGCUGCUGCCCUUGCCAUCCCAGGCAAGAGAGAGCAGUAUGGAUCUCUAGAACAGUACACUCAGAUCUGGAACGCGUUGGUCACCGCCUUGCAGAAGAGUGAAGAUACUACAGACUUUCUGGAAUUCAAGUACUGUGCCAGCCUACGGACCCACAUCUGCCAGGCACUGAUUCACCUCUUGAGCCUAGCCAGUGCUUUAGACCUACCCUGCAUCAAAAACACUCUUGAGCUGAAUGGGGGUAUGAUCCAGUCCUAUAUCCUGCAGUUUUUAAAAUCAGGAACAGAGGGAGAUGACCCUGGAGCAGGCCACACCCCACAUGAAAGAAACCAAAUGGUCAGAAUGGCCCUGCAGCACAUACGUGGGGUGCAGACACCAGCUGGAGACACAGCCAGAAGGGCCAUUGUGGGCUUUUUAGAAGAUAUCCUGACUGUUUAUUGUGAUUCUUUGGGGGCACAAGUGGCACUCCUUGGGUCAUCAAAUCAGUGACUUGGCCACCCUUCCUUCAGAUGUCAAAUAUGGGAAUUGGAGAGCUGAGCUUGAUCGUUUGAUACAUGGAGUUUAAUUCUAGGGCAGAAACAGCCCAUCAGCAUUUAUUGUUCUGUUAACUGUUAUGUUAAUAGCUAUUUAUAUUUUUCUCAAAGGGCUCAGCCCUUGAAGAGUAGUUCCAUUGCUAGCCAUGGUUGGAUCUAACCCAGGCAGCCAAGGGAUGAGGAGUCAGGAUGUAAUGUGAGUCCAGCCUUCUGUUCAGUCUCAAAACGGAAAAAAAAUAUUUAGAAAUUAGAAUGUUGUAUAUUGUGUCUUCUUUUUUUUUUUUUUUUUUGGUC